GGGCACCCCGCAUUUGCAGCGCGAAUGCGACUUCAUUCUUCCUCAAUCCAGACGCCGCAACGGCACAGACGGCGCAGUCAGUCCAAGGCAAUACUUGGUUGUUGGAGCACCUUAUAUUUACCGUUGGACCUGUUGCUUUCGAUCGCCUUUACUCUCAAUCUAACCCCUUGCUUUUGUCUAUUCCGCGUCCUUGAGUGCAUACAUUGCAAGCAUGAGUUUACCGUCCUCGCAAGAAGUCAGCGAUAUUCCGAUUGAUGAAAAUAUCGAUGAAUACGAAUCAAACUACGGCAACGACCUCGCAACUGAGACGACUUCUCUGGCUUCGACCAUAUACCGAUAUCCGGUGGAGAAUGGCAGAAGAUAUCACAAAUACAAAGAGGGCUCGUAUUGGGGGCCCAAUGAUGACCAACAAAAUGAUCAACUGGACCUAUCACACCAAACCUUUUUGAUUUUACUGGACGGUAAACUCUUCCGGGCGCCGAUAUCAGAUCAUCCACAGAGAGUAUUGGAUGUUGGGACGGGUACAGGGAUAUGGGCAAUUGACUUUGCGGAUCAAUACCCUAGCGCAGAGGUAGUUGGAACUGACCUUUCUGCCAUCCAGCCCAAUUGGGUCCCCCCGAAUCUACGAUUUGAAGUUGAUGAUGCUUCCGAUGAAUGGACAUUCCAGAAAGACUCUUUCGAUUUCAUCCAUGCGCGCGGCCUCUUGGGGUGCAUUGCAGACUGGCCAGUUUUCUAUAGCCAAGUUAUGGCGCACCUUAAGCCCGGAGCAUGGUAUGAACAAGUUGAGUAUUCCGUCACCUGGAUUUCAGACGACGGUACAGUUCCAGAUGGCCACAUCUUCAAGGAAUGGGGCAACAUCUUCGAGGAAGCUGGUGAGAAGAAUGGGAAAACUUUCCGCAUCUGGGCUCUUCAGAAACAGUACAUGCUUGACGCUGGCUUCGAGGAAGUUACAGAGCAUAGGAUGAAAAUGCCGGUAGGCCCGUGGUCAAGUGAUCCAAAAUUGAAAGAGGUAGGCAAGUGGCAUUUAAUAGAAUGUUUCCAGGGCCUCGAGGGUUGGGCAAUGGCCUUGUUGACCAGAGUCAUGGGAUGGUCCCCUGAAGAGGUCCAAGUAUUCCUCGCACGUGCAAGAACAGGUCUUAAAGACCGAAAAGUACAUGCAUACACGAGCGUGUCCAUUUGUUACGGCAAGAAACCAAACACAAACAUCCCAUGAACCUUGAAUUUUCUUGGUACAACUCAAGAGACGUCUACAGACUGAUUUCCUUACAGUGUUCACUGUUUAUCAUAUUUCUCUUUUUAUUAGGUGAAAGAGUACAAGCGGUUAUGCAGAAUUUGUCCGG